AUGAGGUACUCGCUCGGCCUAUUGGGGCUCGCCGCUCUGGGAGCAGCAGCUUCGGACGUUGUCGACCUCACCAAGGACAAGUUCGAUGGGUUUGUCGCAGAGAAUGAUCUGGCGCUGAUAGAGUUCUUCGCACCAUGGUGCGGUCACUGCAAGGCGCUCGCGCCAGAGUACGAGGAGGCGGCCACAACUCUCAAGGAGAAGCAAAUAGCACUUGCAAAGGUGGACUGCACCGAGCAACAGGACCUGUGCCAGGAGAUGGGCGUCGAGGGAUACCCGACCCUCAAGGUCUUCCGAGGCAAGGACAACGUGUCCCCAUACGGCGGUCAGCGAAAAGCAGAGUCGAUUGUCUCGUUCAUGACGAAGCAGUCGAUGCCCGCUGUAUCGCUCAUUCAGUCCUCUGAGGCGCUCGAGGAAUUCAAGACCGCGGAUAAGAUCGUGAUGGUGGGCUUCUUUGCAGCGGAUGACAAGUCCAGCAAUGCUACGUUCACGGAGGUUGCGGAGGAUAUGAGGGAUGGUGCGCUGUUCGCUGCUACCUCUGAUGCUGCGCUGGCCAAGGCCGAGGGCGUCAAGCAGCCGGCGGUUGUGGUGUACAAGUCUUUUGACGAGGGCAAGAACACUUUCGAGGAGAAGUUUACCAAGGACGGCAUUGAAGAAUUCAUCACCAAGGCCUCGAUCCCACUUGUGGGAGAGGUCGGACCGGAGACAUAUGCCAGCUACAUGGCUGCCGGUAUUCCUCUCGCGUACAUUUUCGCCGAGACUGAAGAAGAGCGAACGUCUCUCGGAAAGGCCCUCAAGCCAAUCGCUGAGAAGCACAAAGGCGCCGUCAACUUCGCAACCAUCGAUGCCAAAGCCUUCGGCCAGCACGGAGGCAACCUCAACCUCGAGGUCGGCAAGUGGCCUGCUUUCGCGAUCCAGGACGUUUCCAAGAACCAGAAGUUCCCAUACGAGAAGCAGGGCAGCGAAAAGGACCUGAGCCAAAAGAACAUCGGCAAGUUCGUCGACGAGUACCUCGCCGGCAAGAUCGAGCCCAGCAUCAAGAGCGAGCCCAUCCCCGAGAAGCAGGACGGCCCGGUUACCGUCGUCGUGGCAAAGAACUACCAAGACGUGGUCAUGGACGACGGCAAGGACGUCCUCCUCGAGUUCUACGCCCCGUGGUGCGGACACUGCAAGGCCUUGGCUCCCAAGUACGAGGAGCUGGCCGGUCUCUACAAGAAUCACGCCGACAAGGUCGUCGUCGCCAAGGUCGACGCCACCGCCAACGACAUCCCAGACGAGAUCCAGGGUUUCCCGACGAUCAAGCUCUUCAAGGCUGGUGAGAAGACCGAGCCCGUCGAGUACUCCGGCUCCCGCACCGUCGAGGACUUGGCCAACUUCAUCCGUGACAACGGCAGCCACAAGAUCGACGGCGCGUCCGAGGCCAAGGGCGCUGAGACCAUGGAGGGCGUGGAGACGGAGGGGAUGCCUCAGCAAGCUCCUGCUGCUACCGCGUCUGGAGCUGCUCAGAAGGCUGCUUCGGCUGUUUCGGAGGCUGCGGCUUCGGCGAAGACUGCUAUUGUUGAUGGCGAGGAGGGGCUUGAGGAGCAUGAUGAGCUUUGA